ACGGCCUGGCGUCCAUGGAGGCAUCAGCGGAGCAGCCAGGUCCACAGCUCCCGCAUGCCGGGGACCACUGCAUCCAUGACGGCGACUUCGUGGUGCUGAAGCGGGAAGAUGUGUUCAAAGCAGUGCAAGUGCAGCGGAGAAAGAAUUCCAGGCUUGGUACUCCGGCCCCCGAGGACGCUUCACUUAGGUUCUUAGGGUCUUCUCUAUCACAGAACUUCACCAGCCUUUCCAAUUGAGAUCUCUUCAUUAUGUCUGACUCUCACCCCACCUUUCCCAUAAAUUCGACUUCCUCCGCAAGAGAGAGGAGGGAGGAGAGACAACGAAGAUUCCCAACACCUAGUCUGGCUUUCAGAAAAGUAACUUUUGAAAAACAGUGGUUCUACCUGGAUAAUGCCAUCGGUCAUAGUUACGGGUCAACAUUUGAAGUAAGCAAUGGAGGAAGUCUUCAGCUCAAAAAGAAGAAGGAAGAGCCUACCUCAGAGACUAAAGAAGCCGGCACUGAUAAUCGAAAUAUAGUUGAUGAUGGAAAGUCCCAGAAACUUACUCAGGAUGAUAUAAAAGCUCUGAAAGACAAGGGCAUUAAAGGAGAGGAAAUAGUUCAGCAGCUAAUUGAAAAUAGUACAACAUUCCGAGACAAGACAGAAUUUGCCCAAGAUAAAUAUAUUAAAAAGAAGAAGAAAAAAUAUGAAGCCAUCGUUACUAUUUUGAAGCCAUCUACCCGUAUUCUUUCAAUUAUGUAUUAUGCAAGAGAACCUGGAAAAAUUAACCACAUGAGAUAUGAUACACUAGCCCAGAUGUUGACGUUGGGAAAUAUCCGUGCUGGCAAUAAAAUGAUUGUCAUGGAAACGUGUUCAGGCUUGGUGCUAGGUGCCAUGAUGGAACGAAUGGGAGGUUUUGGCUCCAUUAUUCAGCUGUACCCUGGAGAUGGGCCUGUUCGGGCAGCAACAGCUUGUUUUGGAUUUCCCAAAUCUUUCCUCAGUGGUCUUCAUGAAUUCCCCCUCAACAAAGUAAACAGUCUUCUAGAUGGAACAUUUUCUGCUGAGAUGCUGUCCUCAGAGCCUAAGGACAGCACUCUGGUUGAAGAAAGUAACGGUGAACAUGAGGAAAGACAGAUAUCUGAACAAGCUGAUGAGGACAGCAUGGCAGAAGCCCCAGAAAGCAACCCAGAAGAACAGAGAACAAUGGAAAUUAUUCCUCAGGACCCAGAGAAUAAAGAGCCUAAAGAAAAAGGAAACAAAAGAGACUAUAUUCAGGAAAAACAAAGAAGACAAGAAGAGCAGAGGAAAAGACAUUUAGAGGCUGCUGCUCUGCUGAGAGAAAGAAAUGCAGAUGGUUUGAUCGUGGCCAGUCGUUUCCACCCCACUCCACUGCUACUGUCUUUGCUAGACUUUGUGGCCCCAUCAAGGCCGUUUGUGGUCUACUGUCAGUAUAAAGAGCCUUUGUUGGAAUGCUACACAAAACUUCGGGAGAGGGGAGGGGUCAUCAACCUGAGACUGUCCGAAACCUGGCUCAGAAAUUACCAGGUUUUGCCAGAUCGAAGUCAUCCCAAAUUGCUGAUGAGUGGAGGUGGAGGAUUCCUUCUGUCUGGCUUCACUGUUGUCUCAGACAGCCUUCGAGCAGACCCCAGUCUCAAGUCUUGUGCAAGCACUUUAGACUCACACGAGCCUGAGGAGCCAGCAGCUAAAAAACAGAAAUGCGUGGGAUCUGGCUCUUAAGAAAUUACUAUUUGUUCUAAGGCAUUCUGCAGCUGAAACUACACUUUAAAUGACAUCACUAAAUGGUUUUUGGUUUUUUUUGGUUUUUUUUUUGUUUUUGUUUUUCCAUCCUAAAAAUAUGUGCACCUGUUCCUGGCAAGAAGCAAGCCUUUCGUUGGCUUCACAUGCGGUAAUGGGUGGAUACAAAAGUCUUGUUUCCAUAACAGACUGAGUACUUAAAAGUACUCUGCAAGCCGGGCGUUAGUGGCACAUGCCUUUAAUCCCAGCACUUGGGAGGCAGAGGCAGGAGGAUCUCUGUGAGUUCGAGGCCAGCCUGGUCUACAGAGGGAGUGCCAGGAUAGGCUCCAAAGCUGUACAGAGAAACCCUGUCUUGAAAAACCAAAAUAAAUAAAUAAAUAAUAAUAAUAAAUAAAAAAAAAUAAAGUACUCUGCAAAUACCUUGGGGAUGUCAGCAUCUUAAAAAUGUUGAUAUGUAAGACUUAGUUUGUAUUUUAAACGAAGAUGAAUAAUACAAGCUAGAUAAAACAUGAUGAGCAGUGAAAGGAAAUUCCCUCUCAUCCAUUCUCUUCAACCUAAGCAAUAUGGAUGUGUGAGCCUGUGAGAUUUAGAGUACCAAAAAUGUCUGCCUGUGCCCUGCAAUGGAAUAAGUUUUUUUAAAUACUAGAAUUUAUUAUUUUAAUAGUUAACUGCCUGAGGAAGAUCCAGGUAUUUAUUUUAUUGCCUCUCCCCUUUUUGGUGCAUAGAAAGGUUUAGUAGGUGCUUUUUUGCAGUGGUUCAUCCAUCUUCUUCUAAAUAAAGUUAUUAGAACUUCUGGGUACUAUCAAACAAUUGGGUUUUUCCUCUAGAAAUGUGUCAGUGUUGCUAUAUAUACAUACACAUAGAUGUAUCUGUAUAUAUCAACACAGACAGAAUGUACUACCUGUAGUGGGGGAGAAAAAGAAUGAAUACACAGUUUAUUUGAACUGUGGUAAAGACUUGUGCAAGACAGACCAGCUCUCAGUGUGUUGGUAUCACUCCUUGUCAAGUGUUUCAAGUGCCUUUUUCUGGGAUUACUCAGGCUGGUCUCGGAAGGUCUGCUGGAGUGAGGUUGGUGGCCUUUGUUAGCUCUGAAAAAAAAUAUAAUCAAAUUACUUUACCAUCUCCAUUGUAAGAAAUAAAAUUGUCUAGAGCAACUUGAGAAUCUGAAGUCCUGCUCAUUAGAACUUGCUUGCCCUGUGCCGUGUUCGUUCAUCAUGGAUGCCUAUCCAGCAAGGAGCAUCUCAGAUGACUGUUUUCCUAAUAGCAUGUGCUGUUCUGAUCAUGGCUGCUGUGAUUACCAACUGUGGUUUUUGUUCCUUUUCCUCUAAAUAAUGGCUUUUAAAGAAUAAAAUUUCCUACUCUGA